UGUCACUCGUCGGAGUUGAGCAAUCCUUUAUUCAUUAUCCAAUUGAAAUUCAACCUCAACUCAACGGAUAAGAGAGAACCAUCACAGAGAAGGAGAAAGAGAGAGAUAUGGCUUCAGUUUCAUGCUCAUUGCUGAACCUUCCUUCCAAAAUGAGAGGCCUUACCCUAACUUCAUCUUCCUCCACUUCAAAUUUCGCUUCUCUAAGUUUCUCCCGGAACAUUUCGCACACCGUCCUUUUACAAGGUAGGUUGUCGUUGAGUACCGUACAGAGGCGCGGCGUUGUGGUUUGCGAGGUGGCUCCCAAAAAGGUUGAUUCCGUAGUUAAGAGAGCUCGACAAUCCGAGAAACGUCGCCUUUAUAACAAAGCUCGUAAAUCAGAGAUUAGGACACGUACCAAGAAGGUUUUGGAAGCACUGGAUUUGCUCAAAAAGAAAUCUGAUGCACAAGCGGAAGAAAUCAUCUCAAUUGAGAAGAUGAUUGGAGAGGCAUACUCUAUAAUUGAUAAAGCAGUGAAAGUGGGCACAUUGCAUAGAAACACCGGAGCAAAUCGCAAGUCUCGGCUUGCCAGAAGAAAGAGGGCAAUUGAAAUUCAUCAUGGUUGGUAUACUCCUGUCCCUCAAGAAAGUGCCUGAAACAAUCCUUGUUAGUUCUUUUUUAUGUACCAAAGCGAGAACUUAAGACAUAUUUCUCUCACUGCUCAAAUCUUGUAUUUUUAGUUUUUUUGACUUCAGUUCAAAUUGGUUUAAUAUACCAUCAUCAUGUAGAGGCUUUCCAUUUGAUGUUAACAGCACCUUUGAAAUUAGCCAUUGUUGUAUUCUUUCUUUA